AUGUGGGAGGUGGUGGAGACGGCGGCGGUGGUGAUGGUGGCGGCGGCCUGGGUGGCGGCGGUGACGGGGGAGGCGGUGACGGCGGCGGAGGAGAGGGCGGUGGUGGCGAAGGGGGUGGCGGCGACGGCGGGGGCGGGCUCGGCGGUGGCGGUGUGGGAGGCGGUGGAGACGGCGGCGGCGGUGAUGGUGGCGGCGGGCUGGGCGGAGGCGGCGAGGGCGGAGGCGGCGAGGGAGGCGGAGGCGAGGGCGGCGGAGGCGACGACGGCGGAGGCGACGGCGGCAGAGGCGACGGCGCCGGAGGCGAGGGCGGCGGCAGCGAGGGUUGCGGAGGCGAGGGCGGCGGCGGGCUGGGCGGGGGGGGCGACGGAGGCGGCGGCGAGGGGGGCGGCGGCGGGCCGGGCGGGGGCGGCGAGGGCGGAGGCGGCGAUGGCGGCGGAGGAGAGGGCGGCGGAGGCGAUGGCGGAGACGGGCUGGGCGGCGGCGGCGAGGGCGGCGGCGGAGAGGGGGGCGGCGGGCCGGGUGGGGGCGGCGAGGGCGGAGGCGGCGAGGGGGGUGGCGGCGACGGCGGGGGAGGGCUCGGCGGCGGCGGUGUGGGAGGCGGCGGAGACGGCGGCGGUGGUGACGGUGGCGGCGGGCUGGGCAGAGGCGGCGAGGGCGGAGGCGGCGAGGGCGGAGGCGGCGAGGGCGGAGGCGGCGAGGGCGGAGGCGGGCUCGGAGGGGGCGGAGACGGCGGCGGCGGCGAGGGCGGCGGCGGCGAGGGCGGCGGCGGCGAGGGAGGAGGCGGCGAGGGCGGCGGUGGGGACGGCGGCGGCGGCGAAGGCGGCGGCGGGCUCGGAGGGGGCGGAGACGGAGGCGGCGGUGAAGGCGGCGGCGGCGAGGGAGGAGGCGGAGAGGGAGGCGUCGGGCUGGGAGGCGGCGGGCUCGGCGGCGGCGGCGAGGGCGGCGGCG